AUGAACUGCGUAGCCGCGGCGUGCCGGUCAUGUUCCUCGCAAGUCAUUUCAACCAUUCUACAUCCUGCGUCCGACCAAAUGCGCAAGAACUCCGUGCAAAUGACCGCGCCUCUCGGGCUCGAUAUGCGCACCUUCUCGUACACGAAGGGCAAGUUUUGCCAGCCGUCCUUUCCGGACUGGGGGCCAAACAUCGGGUGCGUGCAGAGGAUGUCGGCCGACGAAGGCAUCUCCUCGAGCAGCAAGCUCUUGGGAUACUCUUUGACGGAGAGAACGUCGACCACCAGCCUGCCUGCAAGCGCCUCCUUCGGGAACUUCUCAAGGACCUUCGCCGUGGACAAGACGGAGGUGCAGAAUAUGACGACGUGCGGGUCGUUCUCGAGCGCCACGUUGAUGUCGCGCGUGUAG